GCCGAGGAGCCCGUCUCGCCGCAGGAGGAGGAGGCGGAGAAGGCCACGUCAGGGCUGCGCCGCGGCCGAGCUCUCUCGAUGGGCGGCCUGGCGGACCUGCCCGUGAUUGGCUCGCAGCGGCUGAUUACGUCUGCCGUCCGGCCCGGCCCCUCCCGAUUAAAUUGGCCGGUCCUGUUCUACGCGCUCUCUCUCUCCCGCCCGCGCUGGAGGGAGCUGAUGGCGGUCUCCUUGGAGCCCGCCCCGGCCUCCGCCCGCCGAGUCCCGCUCCUCCUGCUGCUCCUCAUCGGGCUCUCGGCCUGCUCAGCUGAGCCUUGCACGGAUCCUGUGAUUACUCCUUCCUACUACACCACUUCCGAUGCAGUCAUUUCCACUGAGACUGUUUUCAUCGUUGAGAUCUCUUUGAUGUGCAAGAAUGGGGCACAGAAUGUAGCCCUCUAUGCUGACGUUAAUGGAAAGCAGUUUCCAGUGACUCGUGGCCAGGAUAUUGGACGCUAUCAGGUAUCCUGGAGCUUGGAACAUAGGAGUGCCCAUUCUGGAACCUAUGAAGUAAAGUUCUUUGAUGAAGAAUCCUAUAGUCUUCUGAGAAAGGCCCAGAGAAGCAAUGAGGAUGUUUCAGCCAUUAGACCCUUGUUCACAGUCAGCGUGGAUCACCGGGGUGCCUGGAAUGGGCCGUGGGUCUCUACCGAGGUGCUGGCUGCAAUGAUCGGCAUGGUGAUCUAUUACAUGGCUUUCAGCGCCAAAAGCAACAUUCAGGCCUGAGCCAUAUGAAUUGAGCUUCCCUGCAUAGACGUUUAUCUUCAUGCAAAAUAAAAGGGUUUGUUACUCCAGAAAA